AUGAAAAAAUCAUGUUCGAACAUAUCUACAAGUACAAAACGAAAGUCAAAACUAGUUACAACCGAAUGUAAAAUUUGUGGAGGUUCAGCUAUAUAUUCGCAUUAUGGUGUUAUAUCAUGUCGUCCAUGUAGAAUGUUUUUCAAACGAAAUGCUCAACAAGGAAAGAAAGUAUUAAAAUGUGAUUUUCAUGGUAAUUGUAAAAUAAAUGUAAAUAAUCGUCAUAUAUGUUCUUAUUGUCGACUUCUUAAAUGUUUUACAAAUGGAAUGAAAACUGAAAUGAUUCGAUCAUGUCAAACAAAAAUGUACAAAACAAAUAAAAAAAGAAAAACAAUGCUAAAUCAACUAGAAACAGCAUCAACAACUUUAGUUACAUUAAAUCAAUUUGAACAGUUUCCAACAUUGAAUCUUUUACAAUCAGAUCAUUCAACAUUAAAUGCUGAUCAAUGGAGUGUUAUUUCAAAUUUAUCACAUUGUUAUGAUGAAUAUGGUGGAUUAUCAAGAGGUGAACGUUUUAUGCGUGAACAAGAACUUCUACCUCCUACAAUGCGAUAUGAAAGUCCAGCAGUGAUAGAUUUAAUUCAAAUGAUAUUACAUGAUGGUCAAUCAUUAUACAAAACUAAUCAAGAUUUUCUUUCUUUAUCAGUAGAUGAUCGUUGUAUUCUACUUGAUAAUACAUUUGAACAUACGGCAAGUCUUUCUUCAAAUUUCAUUUUGUAUAAAAUUCGAUUAAUGGAUAUUCCUAUUUAUUACAAUAUUCUUGAAAGUAUUACUAAUCCAGAUAAUUUACCUGCUGCUAGACGUAUAGCAAAACGACUUAAUUUUGAUGUAAUCAUAAUGAAAUUGUUUCUUUCCAUUCUUUGUUUUUCAACAAUCGGAUAUACAAUUUAUUUAAAUAGUCCUCCAAUAAAUUUAUCAAAUAUCAAAGAAAUUUUACGCAUUCAAGAUAAAUAUACUGAAUUAACAUGGAGAUAUUUAGUCUACAAAUACAAUUAUGAAUGGGCUAUUAAAUGUUUUUCUGAUCUUAUAAGAUGUUUUUUUGCUGUUAAUGAAGCUGUAGUUAAAACACAUGAAAUUCAAUGGUUUACAAAUACAAUUCAUUCUAUUGUUGAGGAUACUGAACUAUCUCUUAUUGUUGAUGAUUGA